GGAACUUGAUAUUAAUGCGGGUGGCUGCUAGUGCGAGGAAGUACCCGGUGGCACCCUGACGACCGGUCCGUACGGUCAGAACGUUUCUGUCAAGACGGUACCGACGUCGCUCUCCCACCCAAAGCCCUCCCCCCCCCUCUACUUGACCUUACCCUGAACUACGACGACUGACUUCCCCAACUCACGACUCUUUUCUAUACCCUCUUUUCCUCAUUUCCUUUUUAUCACUCUCCACUCUCCUCUCCUCCUCAUUCUUAUUUCCUUCCUCCACCUUGAAAUCUUCUCAGCAUUCUUCAUUUUUCAGUUCUGAACGCCCUUUCCUGCACCAAGGCUUGGCGCUAAGACUAGAGGUAUUCGUGCCCCGGCGCUCUAUUGAGUGGCCAUCCUUGAGAGAACAAUAAAUCAUCCUUGGCGACCCUCUCCUCGUCACCUCUUGAUUUUGUUCCUUGAACUCUCUCUCUCAGACAUGCGUUACAUAUCAUGACCGCUGUCCUUCACGGGACUAUUGCUCUGCCCACUGGGUUGAUCGAUUGCGAUUUCUAAUCGACAAUCGAGAGAGCAUCGCCGCGCGAGUCACGACCCGACCUACUUUGGACAAGCUCGUGAACCUCGCAACUACAAUUUGAUCUUCUUCGAGGAUUUUCUUCUUGAAGACUUGCUUUCUGCUCGAAAACGAAAAUGGCACAACCCCGUGGAGAACGACCAUUCUCAUUUCACAACCUCCUCAAGAUGCUCAUCGCCCCCAACGCCUCUACGAGGCCGGCUCAUGACGAGGCUGAUAUGGCCGAGGACUUGGAUGAACCCCCUGAUCAACAUCAUAUCAUUCACGCGACAUCAUUGCACCACCACGAUGAGACCGUCUUCGCCCGCCCCGCCCUCUCCCACCAAAAGGAAUCCUUGCUCACGCGCGCCCUCAAGAGCAGCCCGGAGAUGUCUCCAACCGAACCACACCCCACCCUCCACGACUCUACCUACUCCUACCGCUCCUACCCUCACAGCAACAUUAGUGGCAUUUCCACGGCCGAGCUGACCAGCGAUGGCGGCCUGACCAGCCCGUCUCUCUCCAACACCCCGAGUCCACCUUUGCCACCACAGAUGAUGGGCAAGGCUGCUCCGAUGGGCAGGAAAGACGGCACCCCCAAGGUCAAGAUCGCCGUUGCCAAUGAGACAACCGUCGAGGCCAAUCUUGGCCGUAAGCGAUGCAUCAGCUUUGCCUGCGGUCGCCAAACCGAGGCCUCUCCUGCUCAAAAACCCUCCGCGCCACCUAACCCUCAACCCGAACCAACCCAAGCUACACUUGAACCGCCCAAGCGCAAAACCGCUCUCACCUUUGCCUGCCCCGGACGCCUUUCCGCCAUCGCACGUGAACGCUCACCAGCUCGCAAGAGCCCCUUCCGAAGCCGUUGUCGCGGCUCUCCGGCCCCUGCUGCUCGCAAGCCCUCCCAGGAUCGCGUGGACGGUAUUCUCAAUGAGAAGGCGCCGACGAAGAGCUUGCCUCAAGGUGUUCCGACCAGUGGGCUCGGCAAGUUUGAGGAAUCCGAGGCCACUCGGUUCCACGAGUUUGCCAGCUCGGUAGACGAGGAUGAUGAGUGGGUGACCAAGUCGACCGAUUAUGCCCAAAAGAUUACAUUGAACGAUUGCAUGAAGAAAGAGAUUGCUAUCCGACGACUGGGUGAAGAGGCCGAGGAGGAGGCCCAGGAUGAAGAGGAUGAAGAAGAAGAAGAUGACGAAGAUGACGACGCCGAGGAUCUCGCCGAUGAUGACUCCACCGUUCACUAUUCCGACGAUGAUGGAAACGAGUCCGACAAUGAGGCUGGCUUUGCCGACUCUGACGAGAACGAUGAUGAUGGUUCCGACUACGAAUUCUGGGCCCCGUCCGCAAUUGUGCCCGAAUCCAGUACUCUGCCUCUCGACGUCUUCGCUCCAACCAUGGAGCGUCGUGCUUCUAAUACUUCAUUCGACUCCAUGACCGAUGACCACCACCACCCGAAAUGGUUGCCAGCUCCUGUUCGAAAGCUUGCAGGCCGUCGACCUCCUAAGGGAUCUAAGAUCAUGCGCCCUGGCACUCCUAACCUCCCAGAUAGCACCGACUUCGUCUGUGGUACGCUGGAUGAGGAUCGUCCUCUGGAGGCGGCUUACAAGUCCUGCAUCGAGCAACGGCGCAUGUCGAAGCGCAUCCUCAUCCCCCAAGACAUCGACCCCAGCUUCCCGACCAGCGACCUAGAGGAGGACGAUGAGGAUCUGGACGAUAUCUCGCACGGUGAUUUCGACGAAUUCAUUUUCGAGCCAUCUCGCGGCCGUACGGAGGAAUCCACUCACAAGCUCUCGCCGCGGCACUCCCCCAAGCGUAUGGUGUCUCCCCCACCUCGCCGGGCUGGCCGGAUCUCUCCCAAGCGUCUGAAGUCCCCUCCUCCUCGAUCGCGAGCCUGCAGAGCCAAGUCGCCAUCCCCUUCCAAGCGAACUGUCUCCCAGGAAGACCUGCCUGUCAUAGAGUCUUCGUCACCACAGGGUCUGAACAUCAGCCACUUGGUCCAGCGCCCGCAUUUGGCUCGCACCAAGUCGCUGCCGCGCACACCCAACCCUUUCUUCACGAGCUUGGACAAGUCGCACCGGUGGCAUGGAAUUCCUCCUCUGACCGAGUCGCCCGAGCGUGAGCACUCUCGUACACGUGAAAUGCACACCCGUGGACCCAUUGACAUCGUCGAGGGUCUUGAACAGAAGCGCCAGAAGCGCAAAGAAAAGUUCUGGCGUCAACAUUGCCGUAAAGCUGCCAAAGAGCAGAUGGUUCGGCGGCCAAUUCCCGGCAAGGGAGCCGAAAGGAUGAAGGAGCUUGGCCUCGAAGUUGCUGAGAGGUGCAGGGCUUACGGUGUCGCUCAAGAUACCCAGCUCGUCCUAUCCGUCUAGGCUUCCCAAGGACUGGACUGGACUGCAGAUUUGCAUGUCCGUCUAUUGUCUUUCCCCCCUUGUUUCCCCCCCAAUACCCAUUUUCCAUCUCCUUCAUUUCUGUACAUACAUUACCCUUUUUACAUCUUUUCCUUUCAUAUACUAUUUUCCCCACCCAGUGAGCGAUCUGGGUGCCUUUCGCUGAUACAUACUUCACCAACUUCAUGUCAUCCACUUGACCGAUUUUCUUUUACUGUCUGUGAUGUGAUCCCUUGAUCCUCCUCACCUUACCUACUAUCUACCUAUUUACGAUACCCUCUUCUAAUCCUUCUGGGGGGAAACAAAUUAUCCUUGCAUAUCCAAUAUCCUAUCUUCCCAGUACAUUUUUCUUGCUGUCUUGCCAGCGUUUUAUCCGAGGAGGUCACUUUCUUUUUUUAUCUUGCAUAGCUGCGGUGCGUAUACCCCUUCGCUGAAUUUGCUGCAUUAUGAAUGGAACGAGGAUUGGAAUGAAAAUGCGUCGCUAGUUUUAGUUUUAGUGUCAGUUUAGUGCUAGUGACCACGAAUGAAACUUGAAAUCCUUAGUGAGAUUCUAUUCUGACUUUAGGAAAC